AUGGAACAAAUUGCUAUGUGUGUAAGAUAUUAUUCUGAAACUGAACAGGACGUGCGUGAAGACUUUGUGGGCUUUGUGCAAGCAGAAUCUACAACAGGAGAGGCUCUUUUUAACAAGUUUAUUGAGGGGCAGCGGGACGCAGGAUUAUACAUCUCCAAGAUGAGGGGACAAGGGUAUGAUGGGGCCAGUAAUAUGUCUGUUUGUCAUCGAGGUGUGCAAGCUCGGGUCCAGCAAGUAGUUCCCCAAGCAAUGUAUGUGCACUGCAAAGCCCAUAGCCUUAAUUUGUCAAUUGUGCAUGCCUGUAAAGAGGCACUCGUCAGCAACUUGUUGGACAAAGUACAACAAAUCGGAUUUGCUUUCAAGUACUCUGCCAAACGUCUUUUAGCUUUCAAAGAGGAGCUUGGCAACGAUCCCGUGGCACAGGAAGAGAUGCAGAAGAGAACACGUUUUCAAAGUCUGUGUGAAACGCGAUGGGCUAGUCGGGCUGACGCACUUUACACUUUCAAAGCUGCAUACACAUCAAUUGUAAGUGCACGGAGCUACAGAUGCAUUAUCCUUGGGUUCGACUUCAUCAUCUUUCUAGUUGUGGUUGAAUUCGUCCUCCAGGGUGUUAUGCCUCUAAACAAGCUGCUACAGAAGCAGAAUAUCGACUUGAUCGAAGCAGCCAAGGAGAGUCGAGUUCUUAUAGCCACAUUUCGUGCAGAGAGAGCCGAUGAUGCUGUGUGGGAUGGGCUUUACGACAAAGCAGUUGCAAUGGCAGAAGACCAAGGAGUCGAGCCUUCAAAGCCUAGAACAGCUCGACGCCAACAGCACCGUGGCAACGUGCCUGCCGACUCUGUUUCGGAAUACUGGAAAAGAGCAUUGUUCUAUCCAUAUCUUGAUCAUCUAGUUGUGGAACUAGAAGACCGUCUUGUAUCCAGCAAUGAGAGGUUUAAGGCUCAAUAUCUCAUCCCAAGCCUUCUUCCUGAGCUCAGCCGAGAUCACGAGGAUUCCAUCUUCCAGGAGUAUGAGAUUGACCUCAGUGGGGAUCGGGAAGCCUUCCGAAAUGAGGUUUCUCGAUGGAAAGUAAGAUGGGAGCUGGAGGGGACAAAACCCUCAAAUCUUACUGACACAUUAAAGGCUACGAACAAGACUCUGUAUCCAGACAUCUUCACCUGUCUAGUUGUACUAAUUACGAUGCCAGUGUCUACCGCUACCGCCGAGAGGCAGUUUAGUAUCAUGAGACGCCUGAAAAACAACAUGAGAUCAACGAUGCUCACAGAACGGAUGUCUGGACUAGCCCUGUUGCACGCCUACAGACACAUGGAAAUAGAUAUUGAUAUUAUCAUUAACGAGUUUGCGGCCAGCAAAGGCCGCAAGUUAGACUUGCUGUGA